UAUAAGGAAUCCGGGUAACGUAGUUGGCCAUAUGAGGUUUACUGACACUGCCGAAGAAGACGUUACGAACGUUGGUGUAAAAUUAUGAGGGGAAUCGCUAUAUCCGUGUUGCUGUUACUAGUAGCGUUUGCUAUUCCAUCCACGCAAGGAGCGAAAUACUGCAAAUGUUCCGUCAUUGAUGCCCAUGACUCAGGAGUUGUCCUCCACACGUUUCCAAAAUACCGGGUGUGUGGCUGGCUUUGUGGAUGCAAACGCGCGCUGAGAGAGUGCGUCACGGACUGUCAGCGACGCGUCAAAGACUGGUAUUGCUAUGGCAACUGCAACGACCGUCCCGGCGUGCAAAUCCGAGGUCGCUACGAGGUCGGAAACAACCGAAGACCUACCCGAUGCGGUACGGCCAAUCUCGUAGACAUCCGAGUGUGCGGCUCAACUAAUGGUUGUACUGCAGGGAAAUAAAUAUAUAUAAAAAACCCACUCCAGCACAGGAUAUUAAAUUUUAUCUAUUUA